AUGCCAGCGAAAACCUCCCCCUCCCCCUCCACUUCCCUCCCCCCGGCCGCCCUCCUCACCACCCUCUCCUCCCUCCUCGCCCUGGAGCUCCACGCCGAAACGACGCAAAACGCGCUCCUCCUCUCGUCCGCGCCCCCCACGCUCCUCGCGCGCGCGGGCCUCGCCCUCCUCAACCUCAGCAUCGCCAGCUACCGCACUGGACUGGGUGGCCGCACCGUGCUGGAACUAGUGCUCGACGCCGCGGUGGUACCCAAGGACUCGCGCGGGGAGUUACCAGAGCACCAUGGGAUCCGCACGGGGGAUAUUGUUAGGGUGGGAGAGCGGCCGAGGGAGGCGGCGCGGAAGCGGGAGGUUAGGGAGGUGGAAAAAGGGGGGGUGGAGGGGGUGGUGGUGAGGGUGGGGGAGAGGGGCGUGUGGGUUGCUGUGGGGAGGGAGGGGAGGGAUAGGGACGAGGAGGGGGGUGGGAUUGAGCAGCUUGGUGAUGGCAAGUUGUGGCUAGUCAAGCUCGCCAACGACGUGACCUACCGGCGCAUGGAUCAGGCGCUCAGCAAGCUCACCAAAACCCCCGAGGAGCAGUACACGACAUUGCAGCGCGUCCUAUUCGGCCUCUCCCAACCCAGCGCGCCGGACCUCGCCUCCGUCUCCGUCGCCGACCUCAGCUUCCUCGACCCGACGCUCAAUGCCUCGCAACGCGACGCCGUCCGCUUCGCCCUCGCGUCCCCGGACCUGGCACUCAUCCACGGCCCUCCCGGCACGGGCAAGACGUACACUCUGAUCGAGCUGAUCCUGCAGCUCGUGCAGCGGGGCCAACGGGUGCUGGUGUGCGGCCCGUCCAACAUCAGCGUGGACAAUAUCGUGGAGCGCCUCGCGGCCACAGCGCCGGGCACGCCUAUCGUGCGCCUGGGCCACCCUGCGCGCCUGCUGCCGGGCGUGCUGGGCCAUAGUCUGGAGGUGCUGACCAAGACGAGCGAGCAGGCGCAGCUGAUUGGGGACGUGCGGCGCGAGAUCGAUGAGAAGAUGGCUAGUGUGAGGAAGGUCAAGGGGCGGGCGGCUAAGGGGGAGGUGUGGCGUGAGGUGAGGGAAUUGAGGAAGGAGUAUCGGGAGAGGGAGGGGAGGGUCACGCGGGAGCUGGUGGGUGGGGCGAAGGUGGUGUUGAGCACGUUGCAUGGGGCUGGCGGGAGGGACGCGAAGCGGCAGGACGGGCAGGGCGGCUACGAUGUGCUCGUGGUGGAUGAGGCCGCGCAGGCCGUGGAGCCGCAGUGCUGGGUCCCGAUCGUCAUGGCGGGCGAGGUGCGCAAGGUUGUACUCGCGGGGGAUCACAUGCAAUUACCGCCGACGGUGAAGGGAAAGGACGCAGAGGUCGACAAGGCGGAAGAGAAGAAGCGGGUGAAGACCCUUGAGGAAGCGCUGGGGAAACUGAGUCUGGACGAUGGUGUCGCGAAGAAGGCUAAGGGCUGGAGCCUCGAGAGGACCAUGUUCGAUCGAUUACUUGAGUUGUACGGCGGCGACAUCAAGCGGCUGCUGAAGGUACAGUACCGUAUGCACGAACGCAUUAUGCGGUUUCCGAGUGACGAAUUGUACGAUGGAAAGCUCGUGGCCGCGGACGGCGUCGAGGCGCGAUUGCUCAAGGACCUGAAUUAUGAGGUCGAGGAUACGGACGACACGAGGGAGCCGCUGGUGUUCUACGAUACGCAAGGCGGUGAUUUCCCGGAGAGGACGGAGGAAGGCCUAGAAGACGGUAAGGUCAAGAAGAGUGUGUUGCUGGGGGAUAGCAAGAGUAACGACAUGGAGGCUGCAGUGGUCCGAAUGCACGUGGAGGCUCUGACGGCGGCGGGAGUCAAGGCUGAAGACAUUGCAGUCGUCACACCGUACAAUGCGCAGCUAGCGAUCUUGAGUGGCAUGCUGCGGGAGAAGUAUCCUGGCCUCGAGAUGGGGAGCGUGGAUGGCUUCCAGGGUCGCGAGAAGGAGGCGGUGAUCGUGAGCUUGGUUAGAAGCAAUCCAGAGCGGGAGGUCGGGUUCUUGGGCGAGAAACGUCGCCUGAAUGUUGCGAUGACACGACCGAAGCGGCAUCUGUGUGUUAUUGGGGAUUCGGAAACGGUGUCGAGGGGCAGCUCGUUCCUCAAACGAUGGAUGAAAUUCCUGGAAGACGAAGCUGACCUGAGAUACCCGAGUUUGGAUGAGCUCGAGCUGGGUUGA